AUGUUGAGAGCAGAUCGGCGCUCCCUCUGUGAUCGGCGCUGGAACAAGAGCCGCUCGCAGCACGGCCUCUCCGCUCGCGCUCCCAGGACAGAAUUAGAGCCGCGCGUUCCGUCUGACGCACGUGACGGCAGGAGAGGGGGAGUUCAGAGGGUCAAGAAGCCGGAGGGUAUCUGUGUCUGCAUUCCUGCCGUGCCACGCAUCAGUGGGGGGGAAGCAGCAGAGCACAGCCGCGUCUCCAUUCUACCUGUUUUACGCUCGGAAGCAACAACCUGCCCGCCGCUCCCGCCUGACGAGAGCAAGGCGGCAGACGCCAGGGUGGAGGCGGCCGCCAGGAAUGGCUGCAUCAAAGGACGCAGACGCCACAGCCGCCGCCGGGCCCGGAGCCCCUCCUUUGAUGAGGACCCCACCCCUCGGCCGAAGGGGAAGAAGAAGAAGAGGAAGUCUCCUUCACACAGCCUGUCGCCACUAAGGAAGAAGAAAAAGAAGAAGAAGAAGAGCUCUAAGAAAAGCAAGAGGCAUAGGUACACCUCCAAGAAGUCCAAGCACAGCUCUUCCAGUUUAAAACACAAGAGGAAGGAUGAGCGCAAGCACAAGAAAAGUUCGCGGACUCGCUCGCGUCGGAGACGGCGCUACCGGAGGUCAGAGUCGGACACAUCUUUCUGCCAAUCCUCCUCAGAGGACAGAUACCAUCUACAGAAGUCUGAAGUGCAUCAGACACUGGGACAUCUGUCCACGGCUGCAGAGGAAACCCACCCGGUCAUCAAGUGGAGACCUACAACCAAAUCAGUGUGUAAAACGGCUCCAAAAUAUCGCUCCAUCCUCUCAGCUGGCACCAUUUUGUCGUCCAAACCUGGGAGCGAGCCCUCGCACGACGGCGGGUCCCAGCACCUGUCCGGCCAGGUCGAGGGUCCGCACGAUUACGAUUCAGGGAAUGACACGUCCUCGCCGCCGUCCAGCAAAACCGGCGUGUCCCGGGCGAGCGUCGCUGACAGCAAGAGGAACCACUGUCAGCGUCUGACCUCGCCGGACAAGCUGAAGUUCACCGACAGAGACAAUGCCUCCGAUUCAGGGAACUCCGUGACCAGCUACGCCUCCUUGUGCAAACCGUACGGGGAGGACGGCUUGUCUGCGACCCUUUUCAGCACAAAUGGCAAGAGGGAGCAGAUAACCUUGGGGUGUCGGGUGGAGGUUGUGAGAUCCCCAAAGACAUCCAGCUGUUCGCAGAGGAGGAGCGAGUCUCCCCGGAGGCGGCUGAAAGGCCGCUUCUCCAGCAGCAGGAGCAGGAGCAGAUCCUCAGGGACUUCCAGAUACUCGGGACGCUACUCUCGCAGCCCCUCGCCGUCAUCCUGCAGCACAUACUCGCGCUCUCCCAGUAACUCGGCCGAUCUGAGGCGAAGAGGCAGCCUGAGCUCCAGAGGAAGCUACUGCAGAUACAGCCAUGACAGGCUACGAGACCGGAAGAGAGCAGGUAGCUCCAGAAAGAGCGGCCUGAAACACACACACAAGGUCAGCGGGAAGAGACGAAGACGCAAAUCCUACUCGCCUAUGAGGAAGAGGAGGAGAGACUCGCCAAGCCAUCUGGAAGCGCGCCGAAUCACAAGUGCCAGGAAGCGGCCCAUCCCUUACUUCCGCCCCAGCCCGUCGUCCAGCAGCCGCGCCACCAGCGCGUCGUCCUGGAGCAGCCUGUUCAGCCACCGCGGCCGCAGCAGGAGCCGCGGCCACAGCUCCUCCUCCUCCUACCGGAGCUACAGCCGCAGCUCGUCGUGGAACUCCAUCUUUGGGACGCGCAGCCGCAGCCGGAGCCGCGGCUCAUUGCACAGACGCCACAAAGCAAGGCAUUAAGGCCGCUCAGA